AGAUUCAGCCGCUGCUAGGGUUUGAUAAUCUAGGGUUAAAUCUUCUCGCUCUAAGCUCGCCUCUCUUUCUCUCUCUUCCUCCCAAGCACCAGCCGGUUCAGUUGGUAAGUUGUUGCUGGCAAGAUGGGUCGUGUGAGAACCAAAACAGUGAAGAAGUCAUCAAGGCAGAUAAUUGAGAGAUACUAUUCAAAAAUGACAUUGGAUUUCCAUGUUAACAAGAAGGUUUUGGAAGAGGUUGCUAUUAUCCCUUCAAAACGUUUGAGGAACAAGAUUGCUGGAUUUUCAACCCAUUUGAUGAAACGUAUCCAGAGAGGUCCAGUUAGGGGAAUAUCACUAAAGCUUCAAGAAGAGGAGCGUGAGAGGAGAAUGGACUAUGUUCCUGAGGAAUCUGCUAUCAAGACUGAUGUUAUUGAAGUUGACAAGGAGACUCUUGACAUGCUUUCUGCACUUGGAAUGAGUGAUCUUCCUGGUGUUAUUAAGGCUGAGGUUGAACCACAGACAUUCCCAAGCUCUGCUCCUUUUGGAAGAGGUGCCGGUGCUGGUGGUGCUUUUAAGAAGAGAUAUUAAGUGAGUUUUUUUACUCUUUAGAUGAUGGUUUUUAUUUAUUGUCUUUAAUGAAAUAGUUUCUGAAAGACUGAAUUUGGUUGCUUUAUUUUGUUUUGUUUCUUCCUUGAGAAUGAUAAUGUUGCUGUAUCUUUUUGCAUCACAUUGGUUACUAUUAUGUAUUUUUGGCUAUUUUCAAGUAAUGUUGAAUUUCUUUUCUUAG